AUGUCUGACGAGUCUCCAGCCACCUCUGCUGCUGUCGCCGCAGCUGCUGGAGAUUCGCAACCUGACCCCAAACUAGACUCAACUACAACUGAAUCCGACUCUGCUUCCAAACAAGACGCCGGAAAGCCUGCUGAAGACGAGACAAAGCCUACAGACGACGCAGCCGCAGCUACCAAGCCCACGGAAGUGAACGGCAAGCCCGAAGAAGAGCCAGCAGAAGCCCAGGCAGCAAAUGGUGUCUCUACACCGAAACCAUCGAGCGCAAAGCGGAAGUCUGUCGGCGGAGCUGCUUCCUCUGCGAAGAAGUCCAACAAAAAGAAGUCGCAGCAGCGAACCACGCAUCUGGAUGCAGCACCGGGAGAGUACUAUCUCGCACGCCUGAAGAGUUUUCCCCCAUGGCCAUCUAUCAUCUGUGACGAGGAAAUGCUCCCAUUGACCUUGCUGAAUACUCGCCCUGUAACGACGAAGCAGGCCGAUGGCACGUACAAGGAAGCAUUUGCCGAUGGAGGGAAGCGAGUCCAUGACCGAACGUUCCCGAUUAUGUUUUUGGAGACAAAUGAGUUUGCGUGGAUUCCGAAUACCGACCUCACCCCGCUAGAUCCAGAGCAAUGCAAAACUGUCAGCGAAAAAGGAAAACAAAAGCAACUUAUCGCUGCCUACAAGGUCGCCGCCGAAGGCCGUGAUCUUCAGCACUUUAAAACCCUCCUUGCCGACCACCAGCGAGCCAUCCAACAAGAGGCAGAAGAACGUGAAGCGGCAGCGGCAGAGAAAGAGGCCCUGAAGGCCCAAAAGGAAGCCGCCAAGGAGGAGAAGAAAAAGAAGAAGAGGAAGAGCGUUGCCGCAGAAAGCGAGGAUGUAGAGAUGGCCGAUGCAGACGAUGCAGACAAGAAGCCUAAGAGCACCAAGAAGCGUAAGAAGGACGUCGAAAGUGACGCCGAAGGCGAAAAGCCAAGCAAAACACCCAAGACAACCAAGCUUAAGUUAAGCACACCCAAAGACCCCAAUGCUGCCGAAAAAUCAAAAACCAGCAAGGCGAAGAAGGCUGCAACAAAAAAGAGCGAGGAGCCAGUUGACGAAUCCGCCGAGGAGCCAAUUGAGGAGCCCAUCGAGCAACCUCCCAAGGAGAAAACGCCAGUAAUUGACCCUGUUGAGGCCAGAAUAAUCAAACAGAAGAAGGUCUUCCGGCUCCGCCAUGAUCUACAAAAGGGAUUUUUACAGCGUGACCAAGAACCAAAAGAGGAAGAGAUGGAGACAAUGGCAAAACUCUUUAGUGAGCUAGAGGCAUUUGGCGAGAUUGAGGUGCCGAUCCUCCGCGAAACCAAAAUCCACAAGGUCUUGAGAGCCAUUAUCAAGCUGCCAUUGAUUCCCAAGGAGGAAGAAUAUAACUUCAAGCAACGGUCCAUUGAUCUCUUAAACCUAUGGAAGAAUUUGCUUGCUUCGGAUAUUCCCGCACCUGCUCCCACUUCUACUACUUCUGCUGCUCCUGGUAAGGAAGCGAAGACAAAAGUGCAGCCUGAGGCCAAAGCCACCACAGAUGAGGACGAGGCCGCUAAGGGAGAAGCCGAAGCCGAGAAAAAGCUAACGACCGAUGCUGAGUUGCAAGAGGAGAAGAAGGAGGAAAAGCCAGCAGAAGAACCCAAAGAGCCGGCUGCGAAAGAGCCUGCAACUGAGAGUGCGAGUGCCGACAAGGCAGCGGAUGAGAAUGAGACAUCCACAUAA